GAAUCAUGUAGUAUGUUGGGGGCAGGCUCUGCAUUAGCAUAGAAGCUGCCGGGUUGGCUAAACUCGAAGAAAAAUGUGCCCCACUGGAAGCCUGUACAUCAUCUUUGACGUAACUACUCCAGCAGUAUACACAGGCUGACUAUUUACUAUCAAAGGGAUACUCACCACGCACUCACAGGGAUCUACGAAUAUGUUCAGACGGUCAAGGAGUAGAAAAUUCAAAGCAGGAAUUUUCUUGCUGCUUGCUCUUCUCGUGAUUGUUUGUUUUUUUGACCACAAAGCCAUUCAUCUCCAAGUAGAUGUUAAAAAUAGUGGCACUCAAACAAAGGCCUCCACCACAAACAACACCUAUGUAUACUCCUGGCCAAGAUGUCAACUAAAUUUGUCUGCAGGCAACAUCCAAGGCUUCAACUUUCUUUCUAAUAGUAAUCAAAACUUCCUCUACUAUCGUCACUGUUGCCAUUUCCCCAUGCUACUGGACAUUCCUGACAAAUGUGGACGAGCUGAUGAAUCUGCAGACAUCUUCCUUUUGCUGGUCAUCAAAAGCUCCCCUGUGAAUUACGAACGCCGAGAGGUGUUGCGCAAAACCUGGGCUAAAGAACGGUUACACAAUGGUGUGUGGAUCAGAAGGAUCUUCAUCUCAGGAACCAUGGCUGCUGGUUUGGAGAAAGAGAGACUGAACAAACUCCUCGAACUGGAGCAACGCGAGUACAAUGACAUCCUCCAAUGGGACUUUAAUGAAUCAUUCUUCAACCUCACCUUGAAGCAGAUACUCUUCUUAGAAUGGUUGGAAAGAAACUGUAGGAACGCUCGCUUCCUGCUAAACGGGGAUGAUGACGUCUUUGCUAACACAGACAACAUGGUUGAGUAUCUCCAAAGCCUCAAGGAUAAUGACGGAAGCAAGCACCUCUUUACUGGCCACCUGAUCCAAAAUGCAAGUCCCAUUAGAUUGUCAAGUAGCAAAUAUUUUAUUCCAUUUCAGUUGCACAAAUCAAACUCAUAUCCCCCCUACUGUGGCGGUGGGGGCAUCCUCCUGUCUGUCUACACAGCUUUGGUCAUAAACAAGAUGUCCCAGUCCAUUACUAUUUUUCCCAUUGAUGAUGUUUACAUGGGUAUGUGUCUGGCCAAAGCAAGGCUAGCACCGGUUUCUCAUAUGGGUGUGAAAACGCUAGGAUUGUACUUACGCUCCCCCAAUAUAGAUAAAUAUGACCCUUGCUAUUUUAAAGAAAUGCUUUUGGUACACAGAUUCGAUCCAGCUGACAUAUAUAUUAUGUGGCACGGAAUACAUGACCCCAAUUUGAAAUGUGGUACCUCAAAAAAAAAAAAAAAAAAAAAAAAAAAAAAAAAAAUGGCUUAAGGAGAACCAAACUGUAAUUAAGAUGUUGUAAUGGGGUUUUUUGUGCUUUUUGCACAUGCUCUUAGUUGAGAGAAGGCAUGACCUUCUUCAUUGUAUCAUGAGUAAAGGUUUGAAGUGUUUUGCUGCUGCUUCUCAGUGGGUUCAAACGCAGUCCAAUAACAGCAGUAAUAUCUGCUCUGAUGUCUUAUAUCUGCUCUGUAACUCACAUGUCCUGUGUUAUCCUUUUAGAAAAAAUAAAAAAUCAGAAACCAAAAGGGAAAAUAUUUAUAUUUUAUACUUCUUUUAGACACUCACACUGACUAACAGCCAGACAACAACCUGCUACACAACACAAUUAAGAGCCACAUACUUUGAACAACAACCUAGAUUAGCUUUCCAGCUAAAGUCUCAUUGUUAUCUAACCUAUGAACAUGUCUUGUCCUGCACCUUAGCUUGUUGAACAAGCAACCAAACCAACAGUCACAGGCAAUGCUAAUGUCAUAUUAGCGAAUUAGCUGGUCAGCUGGAACACAUUAAACAGCAUGUAAACAUCCCUGCAAAUAUCACUUAGGUCUGUUUGGAUGCUGGUGUGGCCCUUAAUCUUCAAUACCACUGCCAGUUUGUGAGCUACAGUUUUUUUUACUUUUUCUCUCAUUCCCUUAUCAGGGCUCAGCCUGCCAGCUGCUGGAGAUGCUGUCACUCAAACAGAGAC